UGGGAACAGGUGAACGCUCGGCCAGGUCACAUGGUUACAUUCUUUUUAAAACAAAGCAGAGCCAUUUUUCUCACGGAUUUAUUGAACAUCAGGUCUUUCUCACCUAACAGUGGAAAUGGGGAAGAAAAAGAAGGCUGACAAGGAUGACCAGAUGACAUUAGCAGAAGCAUAUGUGGGUUUUCAAAUACAGCUGAAAGAAAAGGAAAUAGAAGAGUUUGAGUCUGAAGUGAAAACAUUAGAGGAAAAGAACCAGAGGUACAACCAGAGGCAGGGACAUCUGAAAGAGGAGCAGCUGGGACACAUUCAGACUCUGCUGAAGCAGGCAAAAGAUCAGGAGCGGGAGCUGGAACACAAGGAAGUAGUGAGCAAAGAACAGGUGGAGCAGGCCCUUCAGGACCACUGGGAGCUGGAGAAGACCAAGGAGCGCGAGAUAGAGGAGCUGCAUUCCCAGCUGAAUGAUUUGGAGCAGUUGAUUUUGACUGCAGGUCGGGAGAAACAGUACUGGCUGGACUACAAAAAUGUGGGGAGCAAGGAGCAUGCCAAGCAGAUCCGACUGCUGGAACAGGAACUCCUGCAAAUGCAAAAGGACUUUCAGGAGAUGGCAGACCACAUGCAACGAACCUUGGAUGCAGCAGUAAAUGAAAUAAACAAGGAAACAGAAAAGCAGAUAGAUGACAAGAAGCGUCUUGCUUCAGAGCAGGCAAUUCGACAUCUUGACAAACAGACCUGCCAAGAAGUCAAAGAAAAUGACUGGUUAAAAAGACAGGCACAGUUUUACAGAAAUGAGGUGGCUGUAAUGGAGGUCAGUGUUCAGAAAUUGGAGCAGGACAACCUGGAGCUAAUGAGUCAGCUUUUUGAAUGCAGACUGGAGGACCUCAAGAUUUCUCGAAAGGUGUUCCUUACUCAAGCAGCUGGUCUGGAGAUUGAUGAACCUGGGUUGCUUGGUGAAGACUUGGAGCAGUUACAGCUCAGCGAUCAUUCUGCAAGAACACCCUCCAGACCUAAAAGUGCAAUCCUAGCAGCAGUGGAGAAAAAGGUUUUCUCUUUGGCAGAAAAUUUUGAAAAAGAAGAAAUGCCAACUGGAUCAGACUCCAUGGAUCUCUGCACUUUUUCGUACAGAAGACAGGAUGAUUUUCAACAAUAUCUACAGCUGGGGCCCCUGGAACUGAAGCUGCUUAGUGUUGUAGGCCGAGGCCUCCAUAUUAAACCUCUAGAAUCGAACAUCAAGGGAGCGAUCCCCAAGCAGAAGGAGUGGCCUGUCACUUGCCAGAUGAUCAAAUCUGCACUGUCCUGAAGAGGUCUGGUUCAGCCCUGCACACUGUCCUUUAUUCUAAUAGAAUACCAAAAUAUUGUACCACUGGCAGCAUGUCAUGUCUUUUAGUCAUGUUUUAUUUUGUACUAUACAGUGGAGACAACAAAGAUGGCAAGAUCUUACAUUUUUCAGUGAUUCUUAAAAUAUAUAUUUUUUUUUUAUGUUCUAGAACCUAAAUAAUUAAGACAUUAUGAACUAAGCACAGAAUAUUGAUGCAUUUCAUGUUACACAGAUGCCAAAAGUGUAAACGGACAUCUGUCCAGAGUCAGAGCGCAUACAAGUAUUUAAGAAAAUUACUUUUAUGCAAAAUCACCUUAGAAAAAGAUGAUGGCAGGUGUAGUUCACAUAGGGUAUGUACAGGGGCACUUGAGUUUUGAUUCCAUGUAGAUACAAAUGUGUGUGUUACAGAUUACAGUAAGUGAUCAGUGUAUUUCUAGGGUUUACUUCUUCGGUUUCAAAUUGAUGAUAGUAAUUUUCUGAACUUGCCGAGAUUUCUGAACAUGUAUGAAUUGAGCUUGGCUACUGAAUUACUGUGUGGCCUUGGGCAAGUCACUUAACACAGUUAAUGUAAUGCAUCUGCAUUUAUGUGGUCAUAAGAGUUGGUUGUACUUUAUCAGUAACAAUCAAGGGAAAGACAGCAAAAGGAUUUCAGUGACUUCACAAGGGACAUGAUAAUUGGUCUACCGAAUAUUCCUGGAAGUAAAGCACAUGAUUAAAAAAAAAAAACAAAAAAAAACACUGGAAACCAAGUGGCUUGAUGUUACUAACACUUGUAUAUAUAUUUCUUAUUUGAGCAGCCACUGAAUACCAAACUUGGGGGUAAGGGUCUAAAUUUGACGUUAAAAAUAAUUAAGAA